AGUCUCGCCCGGAAACCGAGUUAAAAAGACACAGUAAAAUUGAUCUGAAAAUGCAAUUUAAAACAAACACACACAGCGUAUAUCAUUCAAUUCAACAAAGGGGGAUAUAGAUGUGCAAAAGUGACAAAAUGUGCCUUUUUGCGUCUUUUUUCGUUUCACCGAGACGAACACGGUUAGCAACGGUCCCUGGGAGUUACGUCACGUGCUAGCAACCGCUUCGGCGCGAGGAGGAGGGGGAGGGAGAGAAAGAGAGCAGAGGAGAUACCGGCAAAGGACGUGAAAAGCCAUCCAGCCGUCGGACGGGUGAGACGCCACAAGAAAAGAGAAAAUAAGAGAGAAAGGGUAGCCCGCAUUUAAAGGUUGGGACACAAAGGCUGAAAAGCGGCUGUUACACUAGACCGAGCAAGUUUAAACAGUUGGACAUCAAGAAUUUGAGCAGUUGUUUAGCUUGUAAUCACUUCGUAAUUAAAUAGCAAUUAAGAGUGAGAUUUGGUGAAAGUGAAAACUAACUAGCUCGCUCGCUCCACUUUUCGAUUUUGAGAGUCGAGAAUUUCAGCGGGACAGGUGUCAAGCUGCGUUUUGGACUCGCACCUGCUACCACCACCACCACCACCUCUUCCAGGACUCUCCUCCGGACCUCCAGACUCGGGAACACGGGGGCUUUUUAAAAAUACCACAGCCGAGCCCGUAGUAUCUGUACGCCGAAGAGGAGGAGGAGGAGGAGGAGGAGGAGAGGGAGAGCAGCGGCAGGCACAAAGAGCGGAGAGCAUCCAGAGAGGGGAGGAAGGAGGACGGGACGGAGAGGACAACAACGGGGACCCGACGGAGAGCAUCCCUCUUUGAUUUCUGAUCGGCACUCUGUCCUUAAGCUUCAUCUGAAAACGGGAUCCCGAACGCCGUUUAUCAUCCAAAAGGGAUACCUGCUCCUGAUCUGUUCACCCCUUAGCCCCUGCAGUACCCAGUCGCCCUCUCCACUCUGUCCUGAUGAAGGAGGCCGACGCCAUCAAGCUGUUCGUGGGGCAGAUUCCUCGGAAUCUGGAAGAGAAGGACCUCAAGCCUAUCUUCGAGCAGUUUGGCAAGAUCUAUGAGCUAACUGUGAUUAAGGACAAGUACACAGGCAUGCACAAAGGAUGUGCAUUUCUGACGUACUGUGCGAGGGAGUCAGCACUGAAAGCCCAGAGCGCUCUACAUGAGCAGAAAACACUACCAGGGAUGAAUCGGCCAAUCCAGGUGAAACCAGCUGACAGCGAGGGCAGAGGAGAGGACAGGAAGUUGUUUGUGGGCAUGCUGGGGAAGCAACAGAGCGAUGAGGACGUCAGAAGGCUUUUUGAGCCCUUCGGCAGCAUAGACGAGUGUACUGUGUUGAGAGGACCUGACGGCACCAGCAAAGGCUGCGCUUUUGUAAAAUUUCAAGGACACGCUGAAGCCCAGGCUGCCAUCAACAGCUUGCAUGGAAGCCGCACAAUGCCUGGAGCGUCGUCAAGUCUGGUGGUGAAGUUCGCCGACACCGAGAAGGAACGGGGGCUGAGGAGGAUGCAGCAGGUGGCCUCCCAGCUCGGCAUCUUCAGCCCGAUGACCCUCAACUUCCCUGCCUACAACGCCUACACACAGGCGGUCAAUGCACAGCUUGUCCAACAGCAGGCCCUGGUCGCCCAGUCAGCGUACUUGUCUCCUGUGGCAACAGUUGCUGCCGUACAGAUGCAGCAGAUGGCGGCGCUCAAUGCCAACGGAAUCAUUGCCACACCCAUUACACCCAUCACACCAUCCUCGGGUACAAACACUCCACCAACUAUUGCAGCAACACCUGUGCCAGCUCUCCCUCCACCAAUGGGAGUGAAUGGUUAUAGCAGCGUCCCAGCCCCCACUAAUGGACAACAAGCAACGGAAGCACUAUACACCAACGGCGUUCACCCAUAUCAAGUUUUUCAUUUUUCUGACUCUCCAGCUCAGAGUCCAGCAGCCUUGGACCCCCUACAGCAGGCGUAUGCAGGCAUGCAGCACUACACAGCGGCGUAUCCUGCUGCCUACGGAUUGGUUGGGCAGCCGUUCCCCCAGCAGCCAACACUGGUUGCCCAGCAACACCAGCAGCCCCAGCAACAGCAGCAGAGAGAAGGUCCAGAGGGCUGUAACAUCUUCAUCUACCACCUGCCUCAGGAGUUCAGUGACUCUGAGAUGCUGCAGAUGUUCCUGCCCUUUGGCAAUGUCAUCUCAGCGAAGGUGUUUGUUGACCGUGCCACCAACCAGAGCAAAUGCUUCGGAUUUGUGAGUUUUGACAACCCAGCCAGUGCUCAGGCUGCCAUCCAGGCCAUGAAUGGCUUCCAGAUCGGCAUGAAAAGACUGAAAGUGCAGCUCAAGAGGCCCAAAGAUGCUAACCGCCCAUACUAAGUGACAACUGAGAGGAGGAAGAAGAAGAAAUAAAGAGAGGUGACCUUUCAGAGUCCAGCCGAGGUGGAAUCCCAGGGUUCAUAGUGCUUUCAGACUGUCUGCUACCUUUGAGCGUCCGGGGAGUGCAGCCACAAACACACACACACACACACACACACACACACACACACACACACACACACACAC